CCACUUCUUCAACGGGUUAAAAUAAAUAUGAUUAGUAGAGCAAUAAAAAUUUGGGAAAAUUUAUCUACUAAAAUUAGUCAACUUAUUUAGAAAUUUUUACACGAAUGACAUUCAACAUUAAAUCCAUCGCUUCAAUAAUUCCAAGAUUUUACCCUUCGUUUAGAAAUCGUGGAGUACUCACAAGCCAUAUCUUGCAUACUUCCGUGCAGCUGCGACAGUUUCAGGAGCUGGAGAAAAUUUAACGUCUGCCUUCACACUCAGAAACCUUAAAAUAUGACACACAAUCCUGGCUUUGUACCCGAUGACCUCACGUCGGUGGAUGACGUGGAACUGAAAUCCGUAACUCAGGAAGGAAAACGCUUCAGUGCGGACGACACCGCAGCAAACGAAGUCAGGCACCGGAAGCUGAGCGACCAUGUGGUGCCUACUUCCGAUGACGUCACUGAGGAGCCGGACUACGGCAUACUCUCGCUCAUCAUUCCGGGAUACAGAGAAAAACGGAAUGAUUUUAAUGAGUUCGCGGAGCGCACGCACUUCUACCAGCGGCUGGAGCAGAGUUUCUACGUGGCUCUGACGCUGGCGUUCAGCGGGUACUUCAUCACGGCGCUUUUCACGGUCACGGACUUGGACCGCGGCGACUACUGGUGUGAGGGCGACGGUCUGCUGCUCGUCAUCACAGGAUGCACUGCCAUCAUGAUGUUAUAUUUUCUGAUUGUGAAGCAAUUCUACGGCGAGCAACUUUACCACUCGGUUGUGGAACCCCUCGACGCUAAAUAUGAAAUGGUGUGGAAGAUCAAAAUGGUGCGAUGGGGAACGUACUUGGUGCUGAUAGCCGCUCUUGUGCUGUUCUUCGUUUUCGACACAAGCGGUGACCGUAGACGUCUCCAGUCAUUGGUGGGCCUCUUCUUACUCAUUUUCCUGGGCUUUGUCUUCUCAUUCGCGCCCAGAAAAGUCAUCUGGAGACAAGUCCUUUGGGGCCUCGCCCUCCAGUUCAUUCUGGGCCUCCUCAUUCUCAGAUGGCCGGUUGGACGCAAACUUUUUGAGUGCCUGGGGGAUAAGGUGGCUGAAUUUCUCGCAUUCACCGACGAAGGCUCAAAGUUCGUCUUCGGAGAUCUACUUGUGGUCGAUGAUGGUGGAAUCUUUGCAUUCAAGGUGCUACCGGUGACUUUGUUCUUUAGUUUCUGCAUUCAAAUUCUUUAUUAUUACGGCAUCAUGCAAUGGGUUGUCCUCAAGCUUGGCUGGCUCCUGCAAGUCUCCAUCGGCACGACGGCGUGCGAAAGCGUCAACGCUUCCGCAAACAUCUUCCUUGGACAGACAGAAGCGCCGUUGCUGAUCCGCCCUUUCAUCCACCUGAUGACGAUGUCGGAGCUGCACGCGGUGAUGACCGGCGGCUUUGCCACCAUCGCGGGCUCGGUGAUGGCCGCCUACAUCAGCUUCGGGGUCUCGGCGUCGCACCUCCUCAGCGCCUCCGUCAUGAGCGCCCCAGCAGCGCUCGCGUACUCCAAGCUCUUCUACCCAGAGACCGAAGUCAGCAAGACAACAAUCAAUGAUAUUCCUAUCGUUAAGAGCGAAGAAGCCAACGUCCUACACGCUGCUGUCGAGGGUGUGGUAGCCGCGCUGCCUCUGGUGGCCAACAUCGCAGCGAACCUCAUCACCUUCAUCGCCUUCAUCGCCUUCUUCAACGCCGUCUUCGACUGGUCCUGUGUGCUCGUCGGUGCUGAAGAAGGCGUCUGCACGCUAGAAAAUGUGUUCGGGUACAUCUUCAUGCCGCUGGCGUGGAGUAUGGGCGUGCCUUGGGACGAGUGUCAUGCCGUGGGGACGCUCCUGGGACUCAAGACCAUCGUCAACGAGUUCGUCGCCUACUCGUCCCUCUCCGAAAUGAUCAAAGCGGGAACUAUUUCGCCGCGGGCUGAGAUCAUUGCGACGUACGCGCUGUGCGGCUUCAGCAACAUCGGCUCCAUCGGCAUCCAGUUGGGAGGCAUAGGCGCGCUGGCUCCGUCCCGUCGCCCCGACAUCGCCAAGAUCGUCGUCAGGGCCAUGAUUGCCGGCAACGCUGCGUGCUUCCUAACCGCAUGCAUUGCAGGAACGCUUCUAGACGACGCUUCUCUUGAGAGGGAUUACGGCAACAGCACAAUGACAAGCUUGUAAAUAACAACGUCUCCUACAUCUGUUAGUAACUGCUGCCGAAGUAGCAACGUCGGAUAUCAUCCUGCGACUUAUCUUCCAUGGAAUAUAACUGGUUGACAUUUUCAAUACAUGUCUGCUUCUGGCAUUGGCUGUAUUAAUUUGCAACGAGUUUUGUACACAAAUUUCUACAUGUUUUCUUAGACGAUUUGUCUUGUGACGGCCAUUCCUAAAUUGGCUCAUUUCAUGUAAUGAUAAAUUAAACACAAUUCGUACACAUGUGAUUUAGUUUUUACAUUAAUUAUUUGUAAUCAAUCAUUUAUUUUUAUUAUCAAUGACACUCAUACUACAUUCAUCCUUAAUGAUGAAAACUAAGGAAGUGUUCAUAUAUUGUGUUCAAUCUGUUAACUGUACAGAAUAUACGCAUUAUAAUUAUUCUUUGUAAAUCACAAUUAUGUUUUAACAAAGAUACUAUUCCGGUGCAAUCAAGUUAAAUAGAACUCUUUUAUAAGUAAUUUAUGUACAGCCAUUAUAUUUUGUGUGUCAACUGUUAUGUAAACAAUUAUCACUAGUCAUUUUAGCCGAUAUUUUAACAUUGUUAUUGAAAACACGAUGUCAUAUUCUUGAAACAGUCAAAAUUUAUCUUAAUAAACGUUCUCCUUCCA